UUCACAUCCAUUGUCCAGUGAUAUUCAAUCCAAAAAUGUACACUACACAUAUGAAUCAUCAUAGAAUCAUAUCAGCAUCUUCUCCAAAUCCAAAAAUCAGCCUCUCAUUAUCGCAACAUUCUCCAUCAAACAUUUUCGCAGACACACUUGUUUCACUGCGUAGAUGCGUCGAAAACCAAGACCUCAAAGCGGGUUCUUCCCUCCACGCCCAAAUCCUCAAAUUAGGACUCCACACCGAUGUUUUUAUAUCCAAUUCACUACUCAACAUGUACUCAAAAUGCGAGCGCAUACACGACGCACGCAACUUGUUCGACACAAUGCCUCACACAACUAUCGUAUCAUGGACCACCAUGAUGUCGGCCUAUCACCGCAGCUCACGCCUCGAUCAAGCGAUGUUGCUGUUUUCAAGAAUGGUGGAGCAUCUCAACCCUAACGAGUUCACACUGGCAGUGCUUCUCCAUGCUUGCGCGUUUAGAGGCGGUGAUGUGAAUUUGAUCGAAGCUGUUCAUUCUCACGCGAUUACAAGCGGCCUCUUAUCGGAUAGCUUCUUGCGGAAUUGUUUGAUCGACGCGUAUGCCAAAGUAGGGAUGCUUACGACUGCGGAGAAGCUUCUGCUCAGGCUCGGCGCAGGAGACGUUGUUUCGUGGACUUGUGUCGUGUCUGGUUGCGUAAGAAGUGGUGAUGCCGAGAGGGGGAUAGCGCUGUUUUGCGGAAUGCAGGAAGACGGUAUCGUGCCUAAUGAUAUCGCAAUGGUUACUGUGUUGCAGGCAUGCUCGGAGAUUGGCAACUAUGGAAUUAUGCAGUGGAUUCAUGGAUUGGUGUUGAAAGGGAAUUGGUGGAUGAGUUGUUUAGUUUUGAAUUCGCUGAUUGAGAUGUACUCUACAAAUGGAUACUUCAACGAGGCUAUGAGAGUCUUUCGUUGUUUCUGCUUUGGUAGUGAGAGUUUCCAUCCUAGUCCUGAGACUAUGGCAAACCUUCUACAUGGUUGUGGAAGGUUAAAGCUAGGGAAAGAGAUUCAUGGAUACUUGAUUAAACACGGCUUUCUUCCUUGCACCGUUGCUGAGAAUUCACUUAUGAACAUGUAUGCUGCACACGGAUUUGUUCAUUCUUCGUUGCUCAUCUUUAGAACAAUGGCCGAGAGAGACAUUGUUUCUUGGAACACAAUUAUGAAAUGCUUCGUGAAAAAUGCUCAGGCUGCUGAUGCACUGAGACUCCUUCGUGAGAUUCAUGGAGAAGGUUUGAGAGAGAUCGAUUUUGUCACGUUGCUUACAUCUCUUGAAGCUUGUUCUGAGCUGGCGUGGAUUAGGGAAGGCCGAGUUCUUCAUGGUUACUCAAUGAAAACAGGGUUGCUUGGUGAUAUCUUUGUGCAAAAUGCUCUGAUAGAUAUGUAUGCAAAGUCUGGGAGACUAGAUUUGGCGGAGUGUGUUUUCGAGGGGAUGCACCAAAGAGAUGUUGGCUCGUGGAACUCAAUGAUCACAGCUUAUGGUGUUAAUGGAGAUGGGGCAUCUGCUGUGAAGGUGUUCAAGGAACUCGAAAGGGAAGGGAGCAAGAAACCGAAUGCCAUAACAUUCACCAAUGCUCUCUCAGCUUGUGCUCAUGCUGGAUUGGUUGAAGAAGGUUUUGCCAUUUUUCAGUCGAUGGAGAAGCAUUGUGGAGUGAGUCGAAACAUGGAGCAUUAUGCUUGUAUGGUUGAUCUGUUGGGGAGAGCAGGGAGAGUGAACGAAGCAAAGGCCUUCAUUGAGAAGAUGCCAAUGCGGCCUGGCUCUGAUAUUUGGGGAGCUCUGUUGAGUGCUUGUGUGGUUGUUGGUAAUGUGGCACUAGCUGAGAGGGCGGGGGAAGAGCUUGCAGCUCUGGAACCUUGUAGUAGCAUCUGGAGAGUUGCGUUGGCGAAUGCAUAUGCUGCUGCUGGGAAAUGGGAGAAAGUAGCGGAAUUGAGAGGUGCAACGAGGUUGAGGAAGGAAGGGGGGUGGAGUAGUGUGAAUGUUGAGGGAUUUGAGUUUGAUUUCUUUGCAGGUGACACGAGGCACCCGGAGAGGGAGAUGAUCUACGACGUUGUAGGGCGCUUGAAGAUUCAUAUGCGCGAUGAUGGACCGAGUGAUUUGAUUUUGUUAACUUAGAAGAAGAAGAAGAAGCUGCUUCAGUUGAUCAAGGUUGAGGCAUGUGAUGAUUUGCAGACUAGUAAAUAUUUGCAUGUAAAGUAGUUAAAGUUUAGUUCAUAUGUCUUGAUGCUCAAGCCUAUAUAUUUUCAUUCAAGAUGUGAGCUCUAGUGUUUCUUUGUGGAUUUUGACAAUUUUACUUCUGGUCAACAGGUGA